UUCAAAUUUUAUACUACAUAUGUUAUCGUUGCUGCAAUAUGGCCACAAUUCAGUAGACUACGUGCAGCUCCGGCUGCGUGAGUCUCCAUUCGUUCGAUUCUCUUUACUGAACGAUCUACUGAAAUAUCAAAAUGGCUUCGAAGCCGACUGGACCAUGGAAAGGGCCUAAGCAGCUCAACACCAAAACUAAUGACCCAACUUAUCCCGGGCUAAAGCCCGCCAGCCCGGACGUAGGACCCAAGACGCAAUACACUGACGUUCAGAAUGAAGAGAUUAUGGUACUCCAAGCCAUAUAUGGCGACGACUACAUUGAACACAAAGCUGCCAAUACCGCAUGGAAGAAAUCCGAGCCAUCUUUUGAUAUUCGUGUUAAGGCUUUAUCAGAUGAAGAAGUGGCUAUAACUCUCGGGGUUGUGUUUACGGCAACUUACCCCAGGUCUGCUCCUUUGCUCAGUUUAAAGGACGAAGAAAACCUUAGGGAAUCUACAGUGUUUAAGCUACAGAAAUUUAUUGAGACCAAGCCUAAGGCCCUAGUUGCGCUGGAACAAUCAGAACCUAUGAUUCAUGAAUUGGCUCAAGGUCUCCAAGAUAUCCUCGAAGAUGCCGCCCAAGCAAAGGCUCAAGGGCUAGAUUUACCCUCGCUAGAAGAGGAGAGGGCGAUUCAUGAGGCCGAAUUAGCCAAACAGGUCCGAGAUCAGCAAGAAGAGGAAGAGCGUAAGAGGCAAGACGCAGUGAAAGAAGAAGAAAGAGUAAUGCAAGACAUGAUACAAAAAGAAGUUGACCGACAACGAACAAGGGUGAAGGAAUCGAAGAAGAAAAAUAAGACACUUACGACCCCAGGUAACCACUCUCAAAACUCCCGUAUCAUAGAAGCUGGGAGAAUCGAGUUCGAUCAGACGUGUCAGGUCAUCGACUCAGUCGGAAAUUCAUUUGCCUUCAACGUCGUUACGGGGAAAAGUGAAUUUCGCAAGGGCCAGGUAGCGACUACGUAUUGUGUCUGGCCGGAGAUAUCUGGUGGGAGGAGCGGGCCAAGCCUAGCCCUUAAAGAAUUUGAGCUGCGAUCGACCUCCAAGGAAUCUACUCAAUUCAAAAAGCAACUACAAGAUUUAGAGGGAGAAUUGGAAACUGUAAAAAAGGUCUCGCAUCGCAACAUUCUCGAGCUGCUAUAUUUUCGCAUUGAUCGAGAUCAUGGAGAUGCCGACUCAGCCACGAUGACCUGGACCGCCCAAAUCUUGACCCCACUAGCUGAUAAAGGUCCUCUAGAGGAGUUGCUAGAUCUCGCGGGACGACUUGAUGUCGGUAAAGUUCGCUCAUGGACCGCAGACCUUCUAGACGCAUUGGGUCAUUUGCAUAGUCAUGGGAUUACCCACCAAGAUAUUCAUCCCGGAAAUGUGCUUCUUUUCAGAGAGCAAACGGGCGAUGUCAUCCCCAAGCUUUCGGAUGUCGCAUAUCAAAGAGAAUUACACAAUAUCUGUCGUAGGUCCCAGAAAAGUUCGUCCGCAAAUGCUGCAAGGUCUACCUAUUGGUUACCGCCAGAGAUCGCUGGAAGUUCACGGCCGCAAUUUACUCAAAAAACCGAUAUAUGGGAUCUUGGGGUAGUUUUCUUACAAAUGAUAUUUGGAUUAGAUGUCUUCCAGAAAUAUCAAUCCCCGGCUAUUCUAAUGGACUCCCUCUCUCUUUCUAAACCCCUCCACGAAUUGGUGGCCAGGUUUUUCAAACUUGAUCCCAAGAAACGCCCAAGGGCGUUUGAGUUAAGCUCCAGUGAGUUUCUCGCGACAGAUGCACCUAUCAUCGUCGAUGAUACCCCUUCCGUCUUUUCUCGUUCCCAGUCUUUAAGCUCCUUAACACAUGCAUUCCCUACAAGACUAAGGCGUGACUCAGCUAUACGGGGACCGACGUCUUCUAGAUAUAAGGAAGACUUCGUUGAAGAAGCACGGUUGGGCAAGGGUGGUUUUGGCGAAGUCGUCAAAGCUCGAAAGAAGCUGGAUGGUCAGAUUUACGCAAUCAAGAAGAUCACACAGCGCUCUCAGUCAAGUCUUACCGAGAUAUUGAAAGAGGUGAGGCUACUUUCUCAACUAAGUCACCCCGCCGUAGUGAGGUAUUACAACACUUGGCUAGAGGAAAUACCCGAUAUGUCGGACUCGGAAGAGGACACAUCUACCGAAGAUCUUGACGAGUCCAGAGGCACCAAUUCUCAAGGCAUUGAUAUCCAAGUCGCCACUAGUACUGGGGGAUUGGACUUUAUUUCCUCAAGUCAUCCAAACAUUGAAUUCGGUUCUGAUGAAUCGGAUACGGAAGAAAAUGACGAAUCCGAAGAAAGCGAUGAUGAUGAAGAUGAUGAGUCGGAUGUUGUGUCUGUUAUUAACGAUUCCAUGCAUUCGCCUACAAGGGUUAGGAGUAACCAACAAAAACACUACAGAACCGUUAUGUACAUUUCCAUGGAGUAUUGUGAAAAGAGGACGCUGCGAGAUCUAAUUCAAAGAAACCUUUGGAAAGAAGCAGAUGAAAUAUGGCGUUUAUUUCGACAGAUCUUGGAGGGUUUGGUCCAUAUUCAUGGAUUAAACAUAGUCCAUCGCGAUCUUAAACCAGAAAACGUCUUCAUCGGUCUCGGCCCUGAUGGAAUGAACAAUGUUAAAAUUGGCGACUUCGGAUUAGCUACCAGUGGCCACUUUGCCGCCGACAAAUCUAUCACAGCCAAUCUAGAUGCUAGUGACCUAACAAGAAGCAUUGGAACAUCCUAUUAUGUUGCGCCCGAAGUCCGCAGAACCGGUGCGGGUUCAUAUACAUCGAAAGUUGAUAUGUAUUCACUGGGUAUAAUAUUCUUUGAGAUGUGUUACCAUCCCGUUAUUGGCAUGGAAAGAGCAGAUAAGCUAGGGAAACUGGGCAAUUCAGCCCUACUCCCCGAUGAUUUCCAGCCCGGCGACAAAAUAAAGUCGGAUAUCGUGCUUUCUUUAGUCACCCAUGAUGUAAAAGAACGCCCUAGCAGUAUUGAGUUGUUACGGAGUGGAAAGUUACCUAUCCAGAUGGAAAACGAGACGACACGCAGGGCACUCGCAAGUCUAACGAGCUCUGCCUCGCCGUAUUACCCUAAAGUCGUUUCAGCUUUAUUCUCAACACCCGUGGAACCUACAAAAGAUUACACUUGGGAUAUGACAGCGCCAAGCCCUACGGCCUCGGAAUUGCUAUACCAAAGUGCAGUCAAGGAAGAGUUGAUAUCGGUCUUUCGCCGCCACGGCGCGGUAGAGGCACCCCGUAGCUCUAUCUAUCCCCGGUCCUCUCAUUACUCUCCAAAUCAAGAUAUCGUCCAACUUCUAGACCAAAAUGGCACUGUAGUACAGUUGCCUUUCGAUCUCAUGCUGGGAAAUGCCAGGGUCUUGGCAAAACAUACCAAUCACUCGAGAGUUCGGAAGUCUUUCACGUUCGGCAGUGUUUAUCGUGAUAGGCGAAACGGUGCCCAACCACUCAUGAUUGGUGAAGUUGAUUUUGACAUCGUCUCUACAGAUACGCUAGACCUGGCGUUAAAAGAGGCCGAAGUUAUGAAGGUGCUGGAUGAAAUCAUAGACACUUUCCCUUCGACGUCGCCAAUGUGCUUUCAUUUAGGCCAUUCCGACCUUUUGCAACUCAUAUUCGAUUUUUGCAAUGUAGACCUAAAUGCAAGGAGGCAAACUGCCGAGUCUCUCAGCAAGCUCAAUAUCCACUCCUAUACAUUUCAAAAGAUUCGGGCGGAGCUUCGAUCUCCCCUAAUAGGAAUAUCGGCUACGAGUAUUGAGGACUUGAAACGGUUUGAUUUUCGAGAUACACCAGCCAAAGCAUUCGCCAAACUCAAGACUCUAUUCGAAGGAAGUCGCAUGUAUGAAAAACUGCAGCCAACUUUAGCUCAUUUAAAGGAUGUGGUCGAGUAUACGAAACGUCUCGGGGUCCACGCAAAGAUUUACGUCAACCCCUUAAGUAGUGUCAAAGAAAACUUCUUCUCUGGUGGAAUGCUAUUUCAAUGUCUCUACGAUAAGAAAUUCAAAGACGUCUUCGCGGCCGGCGGUCGCUAUGAUAGUCUAAUUAAAGCCCAUCAGCCAAAGAUAGGCGAAGGGCCUCACGCAGUUGGCUUUAGCUUGGCAUGGGAUAAAUUAGCACGACCGCCAAAAAGCGGAGGAAAGGCAUUCUUGAAGAAACCUGAAGAAGAGAUCACCGGGAUUUUUAAUACGAAACGAUGCGACGUCCUGGUCGCUAGCUUCGACGCACAUACCCUUCGUACAGCGGGCAUUGAAAUCCUCUCAAUGUUGUGGUCGCACGACAUCAGCGCCGAAUUAGCUCGGGACUCGCGGUCGCCAGAAGAACUUACGUCUAGGAAUCGUGAUGAGACUUACUCGUGGAUCGUAAUAAUCAAACAAGAUAACGUGAUUAAGAUUAGGACCAUGGACCGCAAAGAGGUACCCGAUGCAGAAAUUUCCGCCUCUCAGCUCCUCCCAUGGCUACGCAUUGCCCUGCGUGAGCGUGGCUCCGCCAAGCAAUCCGAGGCUGCCAGUAGCGCUGCGCCUAUUUCCGCAGGGGCGUCCGUAACGCCCAACCCGGACCAAGAAGUCCGGGUUCUGGUGGCGGGGACGCGAUCGAAAAAGUUUAACCGCUUGGUCGUCAUCGAGCAAGCCCAGGCUAACGCCGCAGCGCUUCUGCAUACCUUCUUAGAUGGUCCGAUCGCCGCUGUGGAGACUUCGGACGUCGUACUCGAUCUGAUCCAGGAAACUGCACUUUCGGAGGCUGAGACAUGGCGUCGCGCUGAGCAGUCCGUAGAUAAGAGCGAGAGGAGGUAUGUCCGCGAAAUCCACGAUAUGUUGAAGGCGUGGCGAUCGGCUUGGGAGAAUAAGGAUGGCGGUCGCCAUGCUUUUGUUUACAAUUUCAGGACUACGAAGUGCAUCUGCUACGACCUUGGGGCGUGAAUACAGACGCAUCGGAUGCAUUUGGGAAGGAGAUGACUGGGUACUGGAUAUGCAGGCGGAAGGUGAAAUGGCUUUUCUUUCUUUCAGUGUUGAGCAUGGUGCGUACCAAGGUAGGUGGGAAGGAAUGGGGAAGGAAGGUGGGAGGUAGAUACCCCGAAUGACUAUUUCCACU